AAUCAACGCAGGCCGCUGUGAACGCUACGACACGUCGUAACUCUGUAUUAUUAAAUGGAAUUGGGUGAACCGAUCCUCUUUCUUUUGUUUCAGAUUCAGUCAUCAUUUUCUUUCUGGUUCAAACAUUUUAGAUCACCCUUUCUCUGCAUUCUAAGUAUAGUUCCAGAACAGAACAAACAAAAAAACCCUGAAUUUGGACACGGGGACGUAGAUGGCUACCCUCAUUGUACCCCCUUUUCCUCCUCCCCCCCGAGACGACGCCAUACAACUUUACACUGCUUUCAAGGGAUUUGGGUGUGAUACUAGUGUUGUCAUCAAUAUACUUGCUCAUCGAGAUGCUACACAGCGUGCCUACAUCCAACAAGAAUACAGAGCUAUGUAUUCUGGGGACCUUCUCAAACGCUUAUCUUCGGAGCUUUCUGGCAAGUUGGAGAAUGCAGUUCUGCUUUGGAUACAUGACCCUGCUGGACGUGAUGCGAUAAUCCUUAGGCAGUCUCUAACUGUGGCCAAAAAUCUUGAAGCUGCUACUGAAGUAAUAUGUUCACGAACUCCAUCCCAGCUACAAUAUUUAAGACAGAUAUACCAUUCUAAAUUUGGUGUUUUCCUUGAGCAUGACAUUGAAAGGAACACCUCCGGGGAUCAUAAAAAGAUUUUGCUUGCAUAUGUAAGCACACCACGUCCUGAAGGCCCAGAGGUCCAUCGAGAGAUGGCUCAGCAGGAUGCAAAAGUUCUCUACAAAGCAGGAGAGAAGAGACUGGGAACUGAUGAGAAGACUUUUGUGCAAAUAUUUAGUGAACGGAGUUCAGCACAUUUGGCUGCUGUAAGUUCUUAUUACCAUGACAUGUAUGGACACUCAUUGAAAAAGGCUGUAAAGAAGGAAGCAUCAGGAAAUUUUGCUCAUGCACUUUUGACAAUAGUCCAAUGUGCUGAGAAUCCUGCCAGAUAUUUCUCAAAGGUCUUGCGCAAGGCAAUGAAAGGUUUGGGAACUGAUGACACGAAGCUUAUUAGGGUGAUUGUAACAAGGGCUGAGAUUGAUUUGCAGUAUAUCAAAGCCGAAUAUUUGAAGAAAUACAAGAAGACACUUAACGAUGCAGUUCACUCAGAAACAUCCGGCCACUAUAGAGCUUUUCUUCUGUCACUUUUAGGUCCCAACCAGUAGUCAAAAUGUUCAAUUAUGUUUUUGUGUGGAAUAAAUUCACUCCAUGAUGUUGAACAUACGAAAGGUUCCAAUAGUUUGUGUGUUGACAGUGUAAAUUAUAGUCUGUCCCUUUUAGGUCCCAACCAGUAGUUAAAAUGUUCAAUUAUUAUGUUUUUGUGUGUAAUAAAUUCACUCCAUGAUGUUGAAUACGAAAGGUACCAAUAGUUUGUAUGUUGACAGUGUAAACUAUUUGUAAGUAAUAUGUACACGUCCACCUAAACCAACGUCACCCCUU